AUGUGGAAGAUAUAUAAUGGCUUUAUCAUUUUCUUCAUGUAUUUAUUGAGAGUAUCAUAUGGUAGCGUGGAUUUAAGGACGUUGAAAGGAAAAGAUACAUAUGCAGAAGAAUUGCUCAUUAAAAGAUUAAAAAGUGAUCAUCUCUUGGUACAAUUUCGAUUUGUUAUUACAUCUGAUGCUAAAUCAGGAAUGGAUUAUGCUCUAUUUCCGCGCAUCAUCAGCGAAGUAGUAACGAAACAUCAUAUUCAAGAGUUUCAUUUAUCACUUACGCAGGGUUUCUGGAGAUUGAACGAAUGGGGAGUGCAGCCUCAACCAUCCUCACCAAGCGGUGCGCAGUUAUAUGCUUGGAUUGAUGGAAAUAGAACAAGCAAAUUGGUUGAUGAAAGGUGGUCAAGUUUUGUUAAUUCGAUGAAUGGUAUUUUUUGUACAUCUCUUCUUGAUAUUUUGCCCGCUCAUACAGCUGCACCACAACUCUCAUUUUUGCGGAUGGGUUAUGUGCAUCCAAAGAAUCCAUCGCAAAUAAGUGAAACAGUUUGUACGGAAAAUUUUACACCAUGGAGAAAAUUGCUUCCUUGUAAACAGACUGGCUUAUCCACACUGCUGAAUCCUAUUAAAAUGUAUGAAUCAGUUUUUCAUUCGAUGUCCAUACAUUUUCUCCACAUUUGUGAGGAUGGUACAGCGAAUUGUGGAACACGGCGAAGACUGGAGCUUAAUUUAAAUUUCGUGUCAGAAUUGGAUUUGAAAUCUAGAAAUUUAGAUUGGAGUUUUCGGCAUAUAUUUGGUCGACGAGUAGAUCAAAAGUGCGUAAUAGCAGACAGGGACAUUGUUUUGUUUGAAGUGGAUCGGAAGGUUAUAACGGAAAGCAGCGAGCAGCGAAAAUUGGAUAGUCGCAUUUACUCGAUUUACAAUAUUUCUGCCUAUCCACAUCAUGCAUUCCCGAUUGAUAUAAGUGCAAAAUAUGAAAGUCGUUUGAAAUUACCGAUCGACAAUAGUCCAACUUUGGUUACGAUUCGAACUUAUGUUUCGGGCACAGACCAACAAUCGGGACGUCUGAUUAGUAUUUUGAGAAAUGGACAGAGCACACCGCAGUGUAUUGUGUAUACUCAUAUAGUACCAUGGUUCAUAAAAAUAUAUUAUCACACAAUUCGUUUUACUUGUCAUCCUCUAGACAUUAAGCAGGGACAAUUUCUGGAAGGGAAAGUGAACAAAAAGGUCUUUGUGCCAGCAAAAGAUCGCCAACGACCAUUCCUUCUGGAGUGGAAUGUUACUCUUCCAGAAAAUUCAUUUUGCGAGAUAUCUUUUGAAUUUGAUAAAGCGUUCUUGAGAGUGAAUGAAUAUCCGCCAGAUGCUAGCCAUGGCUUUUACAUUCCAGCACCUUUUAUAACUUUUAGUGCCACUUCUGAAUUAAUGGAAAAAAAUCGAACUGACCUUGGUGAUUCACUCACUACCACCUAUGAUGAGAUAUUAGGUGUGAAAAGUUCUCGCACAAUAACAAUGCAUGGCGAAGUGCUGCUUAUCUUACUACCGGUACCCGAUUUUAGUAUGCCAUUCAACGUUAUUUGCCUUGUUUGUACAGCAAUUGCUAUGCUUUUUGGACCAGUACAUACUUUGACCACAAAAAUGAUGAUACCUCUCUCUGAGGAAGAUAAAGAUUUAGCUCCACUUCCACCACUGCGACGACUUCUGUUAUAUAUUUAUGAAUUUAUUGUUCGACGAUUGGUUUCAAUAUUCGUGAGGCAGUCUGUCGUUAAAAAGGAAAAAGUUUCAUAA